AUGUUUUACUACAUCUCCUUCCUUCGCCCACCGCCUUUACAAGUUUUGCCUUCUUCCCAAGUCACUAUCAUCCCCCAAAUCGCAAACGAUCUCCGGACCGAAUCGCUUGAAGACUCGCAGGUCAUUUUCUAUUCUUGGUUACCGGCGUCCAACAGCACCUUUCUCGACGCCACUAAGCCAGUAGAAUUGACCACUUGGAGACAGACAAAUGCAUACAAAGAGAUUACUGUACCUUCACCCCCAGGACUUCGGGAUGGACAGUCAUGGAGACUAAUUCUAUCUUCGAUGCCGCAGCGCUAUUCUAUCCACUUGGAAGAUGUGUCUGGAGCAGAAUCAUAUCUUGGAAAGACCCCGUUCCCGGUCAUAUCCAUGCCUAUAAAAUUUACAAGAAAUGCAAAUCAAAAUCGCGCAAAGCAGGAGAAGAUUGAACGCUAUUACUCCUUCACUGUGCCGAACGCUCAGAACUUUCCUACGUCAAGGGUCGAUCUGGCAUUGAGAAUCACUGAGCAAACUUCCUUCGAUUUGGACAAGAAAAGCUGGGACAGCGGCAUUGGGCUUAGCUCAUGGCUCGUUGCUCUUGCCGACAAUGUCAACAACAUUGUUCAAGACUCACCAUCCUCCGUUGCGUCGCAGCUCAGGAAUGUCCUAUUUAGUCCGGGUCCUAGGAAAAUAAUUGAACUCGGUGCAGGGACGGGAGUGGUCUCUUUGACACUAGGAGCUCUUCGAUCUGUGCUCUCCACGAGUGAGGUCAAAGAGGACGAUGGCUGCAUAAUAACAACAGAUCUACUUUCUGCCAUGCCGCUAUUGGAGCAUAACUUGUCCAUGAACUCCCAUAUGUUCGCGCGGGCUGCUGUUCGUCCAAUACCAGAAAUCCUUGAUUGGGACGAAGAACUUCCGCUUUAUACACAAGCCCUGCGUGGACAACUGGAUGCAAUAAUAAUGGCUGAUGUUACUUACAACACUGCAUCCUUUGGUGCUUUAAUCCGAACCCUAUGUAGUUUAACCAGACUCAAUCCCAUCGACCAAUUGCCUAUCAUUCUGCUAGGAUACAAGGAGCGCGAUGUAGCGGAACGAUCUUUGUGGUCGAUGGCGGCGGAUGUUGGCAUUCAUUUCGAACGUGUUGGAGACAGGCGAGGAGCAGGAGGCGCUCCUGUUGAGAUUUGGUUGGGUCAAAUUCAGGGCAUCCAAUAA